GACCCUCACCAGUCAAGCCAGUGGGAGGUCCGGGGUAUCUCCCGCGCAUGACUGCUUGGGGUGGCCGAAUAUGUAGAGCCGGCCCUGAAGAGAGGGGAGGAGCCGGGUUCCUCCCGUCCCCAUUUCUGGGCAUCCCUGAAGAUGCAAGGGCCUCCUGGUACUUUUGAAGAAUUCUUACAGUCUCAGAAAUUGGAUGAUUGGCCAAGAUUUCCCUUUCUAGAUGAAGAUCGUCCUUUGGUGGACAAAUUAAGAAAUGACUAUUCAUUUGAUGCUAUUUCUAAGUUUCUGUAUGACAAUGCUCCACUACAAAUCAGCCUUGUCUCAGAUUUGGAGAAGAGAAUCGAUGAGUGCACAGCUGAACUGAAGAAACAUGCUGAAAAAAUAUUUUCUUUUCAACAAAGACCAACAGAGGAAGAUGACCAUCGUGUUUCACUAGAGCAAACCAAUGAUACUCAACUUACUGAUUCAGAAGAAAUUUCAAUUCAAACAGGCAAGAUGGGGAAAACAAAGAUUGAUAAAUAUAUCACUGAGGAAUCAAGCAGAAAAAAUGUCAAGAAUUAUAGAUACCCAGGUUUCAAGUUAAAACAGCUUACAGAACUACCAAGACAUUUGGAAGCAGCAAAACUUUGGGACUUGGUUAUAAAAGCUCACAAUUUCAAAGAAGAAGUUUUUAAAGUUUGGAGAAAGUUGUUUCUCUCGGAAGCAUCCAUUGCUGUUUUACAGGAUUGUUUUUGGUGGUGGUUUCUUCAAAAGUUUAAGCCUAAUCAAGAAGAUCAAGAUUACUUGUUUGACAGAAUUGCAGACAGCUUUGUAUCACUUUUCCUAUGUGUCCCCAGUGAUACUAAAGAUGCUUUUUUUCAGGUGUAUCCUGAUUGUUUGUCACAAGUCAUCUAUGUUGCUUUCUGUGAAGCAUUUCCAGAAUCCAAUAAAUCUUUUGAUGAUGCAUUUAAAGAUGGACUAGUGGAUUUAAUUUUUCAAUGGGUAUCAGGUCUAAAGCCACAGAAAUUUGCUUGGAGGAAAUGGAAUCUAGAGUGCCUGAAGAAGCCCACAGUAAAUAGUAGCAAGAAGGAUACUAUUACCAAGGCACCAGUUAAGGAGUCUGGCAAAUCCAAAGCAGUCAUUGAAGCUUGUGACCGGAUGGGGUCCAGACCUCUUUUACCUGAAGCACGUGAGCAGCACCCAACCUCCCACUCAUCAGUGAGAUUUCAAGUGGAUCUUGAUUUCGAAGGUCUAACUGAAGAUACAAAAAAGAUGUAUAUUUCAUCAGCUGAAGAAAUAAAGGAAGACAGUAAAUGUAAAAUGGAUAUCCCAAAAGAGUCCAAAACCAUAAAAGAGUCCUGCUAUACUGGCUCAGGUCCCGACUUCCAGCGUGUACUCUUCAGAAUCGGUGGUCGAAGUCCUCUGGUCUCAUAUUAUCUUAAGGUGCAUGAAAUCACUGAUGGUGUCUCAAGCUCUUUGACUUACAAGAUGAAUCGUACUGAAAUUUGCAAGCUACCGCCAGUUGCUCCAACUUAUCAAGAAGUUAUUAAAGAGACACGGAGGCUCAGAAGGGAAUUCCGGGAGGAUUAUACUGUAUUUCAGAAUAAGUGUAAACAAGACAUCUCAGAAAUAGAAAAGCAGAGAAAAGAAAUUAACCAGAAGUUUAGAAGACUGACAGAGAGCACCUCCAAGAAUCCCUCUGAACUAAGGCAGAGCGCAGAUAUGUUAAUGCAUGAACUGGAAUUCGCAACAUGGGACAAGAAACCACCCAGUAGUGGAAGAAACCCCUAAAAAAAUUUCAAAUGAAGAAGCAACUUCUUAAAGCAAGCAGGAUCCAAUCCAGCUUCCUGUGAAAUCAAUGGAAAGAUUCCUCUUGCCUUCAUAGGUUUCAAUCCAGUUCUCUAAAUCAACCGCCCAAAUUCACUUGGGAUGCAACCCAGUUUUUAAGUGUUGUAUUGCAGAUACAGUGUUGGCUUUGGAUUGUGGAAUGCCAUUUAAAUAUCUUCAGAUUUAUUCUGAAUCAUUUGAUUUAAUAAUUCUCUGUGGUCACAUCCUAUGAUUUGCUGUUAUACUUGGUCAUUUUAAAAAUGUAAUAAAAGAUCAUUUAAAAGGAAA